AUAUAUUCAGAUAUCUCUAUAUGUGUUCAGCUUAGAAGAAGAACACUUCGUUUAAAACCGGCUAGGCCAUGAGUCUGUUGCAAGUUGUUUUUUGCACGCUGCUUAUUUCUGGAGUUCUUGUAAAUUAUGGUCUUGUGAAUGGAGGCUGUCCUGCGAUCAAACACGUUCCAAAUGGACGCAUGUUCUUUCGGUAUGGGGGACUGUAUGCAAUCUUUACGUGCAAUCAUGGCUUUAAAGUUCAUGGAUAUCACACCAGCAGUUGUGUUGCUGGUCGAUGGACCAGGGCACCCCCUAUUUGUGUAGCUGCUGGUUGCACAGACAUCGGAAGCAUCCUUCAUGGAAGCCGGACUUUGAAUCACGACAGCUCGCUGAUCUUCUUUGCAUGUGAUAAAGGUUAUCGACUCUCAGGACCCUCACUUCUUUACUGCAAUGGCCCAACAUGGAAUGGCUCUAAGCCAGUAUGCAAAGAAUCUGACAUGACAAUUUCUGAAAAAUACAAGCAUCUUCUAAGAUCCAGAUUUCACCCAGGCCUGAACACCCCAUCUGGUUGGAAACAGUUCCUUCGAUUUCCAUUUGGGAAUGUUGCUAACUCUGCCAAUAAAGACAUUUUCCUUAAGCAGGACUUAAUUCCAGAGCCUAUUUCAAAGAGAAUCCAGCAAAAAGUGAUCGUGAGUGACCCAGCUCCUGGUGGACAGCCUGUCCGUGAUCGAGAGGAGAAUCCAUAUCUAGAUAAACCUCUUCAAUCAAAGGACAACAAAAAUGACAACCAUCGCAAAAUGCAAAGCAGACUCCUGCAGAUCAGUCCACAAUCCAUCACUGAAUUUUCUUCACCAACUAGAAAGCCUGACACCAAUCUUUCAAUGACAACAACAUCAGAUGUACUUAUGGAAAGUAACAUUCAGUCUUCAGAGACCAAAAUGUCUUCAUCACCUACACACACUCCAGUAAUGUCCAGCAUUGAUUUAUACCCUAAAUCUUCACCCACUGAUGUUUAUUCCAGGCUAAGGUCAUUCAACACAGCUGAAUCCACACUCUCCUUCUUUAGUUCAUUUUCUGAAAACAAAACAUUGGUAACUAAUCUCAUGGAAGAACAUCAUCAUUUAUCAGACACCAGUAAAUCAGGAGGCCCUACUGCAUUAAACAGGGACCAUAUAAUAGGGACCACUAUUUCAGACCAGUUUCACACAGCAGGCUACACAAAUAAAACAGAGACAAACAACUCUACACCCCAUAACAACUUCUCUUCGGAUGAUGGAGAAUUAACAUUUCUAACUGCACCAAAAGAUAACCAGACAAAGACUAUUCAUGGUUUGACAUUCCAUGAUACAAUAAAUGCCUUACCAGGAAGUCUUCCAGGAGUUGCUGACAGUCCUGCUAUUGUACAAAACAAUUUUGUGGAAAUUGAACUUCAGCAAGUACCUCUGUCUCCAUCUAGAAGAAGGCCAGUGUGUCCGUAUCCUCCGUUGCCAGCUCAUGGCACAUUCUACUUCCACACUAUGGCAGAUGCAUCACCAGAGCAGUACAAAUACUACAUACAGUAUUCAUGUUAUACCGGACACAAACUCACCGAUGGUGAUGUCUACAGCUUCUGUUUACCAAAUGGGACCUGGAGUGGAGUUACACCUACAUGCUUAGACAGAGAUGAGUGUUCGGAGAAUAAUGGAGUCUGCCAGCACAACUGCUCUAAUACUCUGGGAAGCUACCAAUGCUACUGUCAGCCUGGCUUUCAGCUGGAACUGGACCAAAGAUCAUGCACAGAUAUUGAUGAGUGCCAGAUGCCAACCAGUAUGGUGAGCUGCCUUUUUGGAUGUAUAAAUACUGUGGGAAGUUUUAAGUGCCACUGUCCAGAAGGAUACCAGCUGGGUGCCAGUGGAAGACAUUGUACAGAUAUUGAUGAAUGUGCAGAGAACAAUGGGAAAGGAUUAUGUGCCAUGGACUGUGAGAACACGCCCGGCUCUUACCGCUGCUCUUGCUUUUAUGGGCACAGGCUGGCAGGAGAUGGACGAUCCUGCAUUGCGGAGUGCCCACCGGGUUACAGAAUGCAAAUAAACAGCACAGGAUUGAGACAGGCCCCCGGGCAGCAUUGUGUUGAUAUAAAUGAAUGCCUGGAUUUUCCCACACAGCCACCAAGGUGUGAAUGGAGAUGCUUAAACUUGCCAGGAUCUUAUCAUUGCAUUUGCCCUCGAGGAUACUCCCUUGGUCCAGAGGGAUAUCAUUGCCAUGAUAUCAAUGAAUGUAUCUAUCAGAAUGGUGGCUGCACCCAUAUUUGUUCCAACAACAAUGGAGGCUACAGAUGUUCUUGUCCAGCGGGGUUCCGUCUGAGCCCUUAUAGCAGGAAGAAAUGUCAAACUAUACAAACAUAAAAUAUUGCCAGAUUAGAAAGGAGGAAGGGACACUCUCAGAACAGAUCCUUGCAGCAUCUCCGAUCACAAGUCCACAGCGCAUCCUCAAAAUCUGCUCAUAAAUGUGUUUAUAUACAGUACUGUGGACUGGUAGUUUCAGUGUUCAGUGAUGCAUCUUGAUGUCAUGAAACGAAGAAAGAAACAGUGGACUGUGUGUGAAGUUGUUUGUGGCUCAUCCCAUUUUAAAAAAUGGGAAAAAUCAAAUUCCACACUGUGUAUGACUCAGUCAGAGAUGGUGCAGCUUUGAAAAGUGUGUGUACUUCAGCAGAAAUCAUCUUAUAAAUCAAAAUGCAGUUCAACAGAAUUCUAGCUGCAAGUGCAGUUGUUUAUUCUAUUGAUCUGAAAAGUUUAUUUUGCAUUUUAAUUGGAAAAUAUAUGAUUAUUAAGGCCCAGAAAAUUACUUUUCAUCACACUUGCAGAUGCAUUAAAAUAUUAUGGUAGAAUGGUCAUUGUAUAAGAAAUGUUUUGAAGAAAUUAAAUGAUGACUAUCAUGUAGAAAUGAAAAGAGA